AUGACACCUCCAAAAAAUGACCCGCCUUUCGAGCCACCCGAACCCUCCAGGACGCCCUCCGGGAGGCUCCCCAAGACCAGACUCAGUACAGACACUCAAUCCAUAGCAUCUUCGACAUCGACUCUCCCAUAUCGAAACACUAAUGCAUCCGUUUCCUCUCUCUUUGCAUCCACAUCGACGCCUACCGGCUCGAGGUCCUCUUCCCCAAGUGGCACUUCGAGGAAGAUUUCGAGUUCUGUCUUUGGCGGCACACCGGGCGAGGGCAACCGGCUCACACCGUCUGAUCGGGCAGAAGAUCCUCGAAAUUUGAUACUACAUUCUUUCGUGGCGCACAUCGCCGUUCAUACCUCGAUCGAUACGAAGGAGCUAGUAAAGGACAAGGGGUUUGAUGGGGGGCUGUGGGAAUUAUUGCGACCUUUUGGAGAAAGGAUACAAGGAAGAGUUACGAUCAGGGAUAGCGUAGGUGCUGGAAAAACCUGGGAUGACUUUGCUGUACGAUUUGUACAGCUGGGCGAUGGCCUCGAACCUCCAGGGGCUGUGCUAGGGUCGCGGAGAAAUAGAGAGGAGAAGGUUCUGCCUGGGAAUGCGAACAAAACGAUACCGGAUUCCCUUGCGGCUCAGCGGUCAAGGACUGGAGGUGAUAUCUCCCAUAUUGAGAAUCUGGUGGACAGACAUUUGACACACGCCGAGCAAUAUCCCACCAUGGAUGGCGAGGAUUACUUGAAUUUCAAGGAUGUAAAGCCAGGGAAUGCGGAUACAACAUCGCCUUUUUAUACUCUCUACCUACGGAGACUACUUUCUGGCCUUCCCCUGGUGCCUCACGAGACAUUUUCACAUCCCGUGGCAUGUAUAAUUGCCAUCAGCUCCCGGAAUACAAGUCCAAUUGAGACAUUACGGAAGCUCUAUGAUGAAUCUAGUCAUGGGGAUAAACGGUUACCAUUGUGGGUAAAUAAUGACUAUCUGAGAUAUUACGUUCUUGUUCACGACGAAGAACGAGAUGAUAUCACCAAAUCCAUGGCAUUAUUUGAACAGAUGAAACGUCACUUUGGUUUACACUGCCAUCUUCUCCGGCUUAGAAGUAGUCAAUGCAUUGCAUCGGACGACGAUAGUGUUCAGAUACCUCGUCCGGAGUGGCUGGCAGCACCGGAAGAGAUCUCAGAAAUCCACAGACGGGAAAGUCAAGAGGACAUUGAGGAUUCAUAUCCAUGCCUCUACGAAUCCGACACUACAGCAAUCAAAACCUUCAUCCGCGAAAUGGUUACCCAGUCCGUGGUUCCAUCUAUGGAACGAAAUGUAGCAACGUGGAACGAUCAGAUUGCAUCCCGAAGGCGAGGAAUGGCAGGACGGCUCUUGAAAAUUUCGAAGUGGACGGGAUUUGGAAGCAGUUCUCGAUCAUCCUCGUCAAACGGUAUGGGCGGCUCAAAUAACAACUAUGAUGCAUUGCAAGGCUUCUACCGUCCUGACGCCCCUGAAGCCUUGAUGCGGAAAUUAGCAGACUAUGCUUUCAUGCUCCGCGAUUGGAAACUGGCACAAUCGACCUACGAUCUCCUACGGUCCGAUUUUAACAACGACAAGGCGUGGAAAUACCACGCUGCAGCGAAUGAAAUGGCCGCUAUUUCUACGCUCUUGAUCCCACAAGCUAUCAACUCCAAGACCCGCGCAGAGACAGUAGAUCAGAUGCUCGAAACUGCCUCCUACUCCUACAUCACUCGCUGCGGGAGCUCAUAUGGCGCGCUCCGUGCUUUGGCUCUAGGCAUGGAGUUACUGCGUCUGAGAGGUGGAUCUGCAACGGACGACGCAGCCAGAUGGGGCAUUAGGCUAUUGGACCAGAAACUUGUUGGCGUGGUCGGGGACGCACUGAUAAAAGAGCGGAUCUCUGCCUGCUAUGCAUCCAAAGUAGGCUCAGGGUCGGGAAAAUGGGGAGCACGAAUCCGGAAGAGUGCGCUAUGGAGAGUCUUGGCUGCGGACGCAUGGCUUACGUUAGGCAAGCCGCAACAGGCCAAACUCUGUCUUGACGAUGCGGAUGCGAAAUACGGGGAGCUGGCCUGGAAAGAUGGAUUGCAGAGCUGGGAAAACGCGGGCGCGUUCUUAGCAGGCCUUCGGAACGAAGUACCGGUGUUGCCGGACGAGAUUGAGGAGGAGAAUAGUACUUUGAGCCCGCAGCUUGAAUUCGAGUAA